AUGGUCUUUCCUGCUUGCGGGCUCUUCCCGUCUGUCUCGUGCGGCUUGGGUCCUUUGCGUGAGGUCACACUGGCAGCAAAGAAGCAUCAGAAGAAGCCACACACGCGCACAAGCAAACAAACGAAAGUCAAAAAGGUACACCUCAAAAUCAUGUCAGCAGAGGCAUCUGCGGAUGUCCUUUCACAGGUGACAGGUGUCGUUCUCAUUCCCCCAUGCUCGGUUAUACUGGCAUCUAGCUUUGCCAACUGCUUUCUUAACGCAUUUUUUAAUUCCUUCCGCCACAAAGACACCUUGAAAAGCAUCUUCUACGUUAAUAGACGUGUGCCACAGGAGGCGGUAGGUGUCCGCAAUGACGCUGCAGAGUGUGCACCAAUAGAAAUUGACCCUCUGCUUGGGAGCUGGGCUUCAACGUUGCGGACCGACAAGAGUGCGUUUUUGAGAGGUCGCAGAUCACUUACUUCUACGUCGCAACCUACGCCGGUGGAGUCGGUGCCAAACAACGCGUUGCUGGACUCCUUCCAGUCCGUGCGCCUCGAGGCACAGCGGAUGGUGUUUGUGUACAGCCCGACCUACAUGAUCGUGGCCUCGGCAAAGAGCUUGGUGAUGCUGGUGGUGUUGCAGUACCACUUUGACUACGAGGGCGGGUGGAACCGCCUUGUGGUGUGCUCCGCGGCGAACGUGAUGGGCGGGCUGCUGACCCCCGUCCUGGAGUACGCCGCGAGGUGGCUGCUGCCGCUGGACCACGAGUGUGGGGGGCUGGGGGUGGUCGUGGAGCCAGAGGAGCCGACUGACUCGGUGCUCAUUGUGGAGGUGCUUGGCCACAUUUCUAGACUGGAGCUGGAGGACCUUGGCACGGUGCUGAUCCAGGGAAGCGCGUUCAUCGUCUUCGGCGCCGUCCUUCUUCCUGCGCUGCUUGUGUUCUGCCUGACCGGCAUGGCCUCCUUUCUCUGGCUGUUU